AUGUUAAUUUAUCGGAGAAAAUUUAAACCAUUGUGGUUUUCUAAAACUGCUUUUGCAAUCGCUGUUUUAGGAUUACCUCCAGUGUACAUAACAACUGUGCAUUAUGAGCAUGUAAAUAGUUUGUUCCCGUUUGUUAGUUCAUUUGGAGUAUUUCCACCAGAAAAACAUUGGUUUCGAGUGCUGAUGAUUAGCUAUGCUCUAUUCAAUAUGGCGGGAAACUGUUUUUGGUUCAUGAUAGCUAGAAGUAAAAUUGUAAUUAUGACCGAAUCUCUUAUUCCACAUGUAAUUAACUCAUCUAUCAGACUACUAAUGAUCAUUUCUGGAUUGUGUUUAAUCGGUCUAUCCAUUUUCGAUAUGGAGAAUUACAAUGAAAUACACUAUCUGAUGACAGUUGGCAACUUUAUGUGUCACGUUCUGUCAGUAUUGUUUGGAUGUUGCCUAGUGGCCAAAUAUUUUGAGAAACCUUUUUGGUUUAGUUGCAUCCGCCUUAUAAUUGUUGUAAAAUUGGUUAUCGGAGCAAUGUUAUUUGUCUAUUUCAACGUAAUUGGGCUUCCCUUAUUGAAUACAUCGAAUAUUUAUCGAAUGAAACCAACUGAUGGUGGUUAUUGGGAAUUUCUUUAUUGUGCAAUUGCUGAGUGGGUUAUGGUUCUUGCGUGUAUUCUAUUCACUCUAGUCAUUGCUCUGGAGACACAAACAUAUGAAGACGUUUUAGUUCGAAAUAAAACCAGAAAUAUUACCACAAUACAACUUAUGAAACAAGUUUAA